AUGGAAAUGAAUCCGAAUGAUUGCUACGUCACCUUUUGUAUUCACUUCAGGGGUUUCAAUAUUCUUCCUGUCUCGCCAUGGCCAGGCACCCCAACGACCAACCAACGUCAGCGAGAGCCUCAAGACUUUCCACGCACAGCUUCCCGGAACUUCAGGGAGGAGUCAAGUGUAGGGCAGGCAGUCACUACCAUUCCUGUGGCCUUCAUCCAGGUUCUCUCGUCUCAUCCAAUGGAUUCGGGCGCAACCGUGAGGCGCAAAGUAGUCUUCCUCGGCGAUGAAGGAGUUGGCAAGUCUUCGUUGAUCAGUGUGCUCACGACCGGGGUGCUGCCCGAGCAGGCCAGGCCUUCGAGCAAAAAGGUAUUGAAGCACGCAUCGGCUCUCGUGGUAUUGGACAUGGAUACCCUAGACAGUAACCUCGUCGAUAUUGAAAAGCUCAAGCAGAAAAUUCACGGCGACCCUUCGUCUGCAACUGCACCUGGGACUGUAUCCACCUCACCUCAGGAUGAGAUCCAAUCCUCGACGUUCGAGCCAUCGAUGAAUCUCCCGGGCGCUGGCCCCCGCAGCCCACUGACAGUCGAACUCGACCUCUGGGAUACCGAUGGGAAAGAGAUCUUUGAUGCGCAGCCCCCUGAGUUUCGAGACGCGCACUGCGUGGUCCUUUGUUUCUCUGUUCUGUUGAAGGAUGUCGCUGUUGGGCGCGUGGAUGGAGGGUUAGGGAGUGCUGAGACUUCGUGGUUGGAAACGGCGAAGCAAUAUAGAGUGCACGCACCGAUUGUACUCGUGGGAUGUAAAAAGGAUCUACGUCAAGAUAGGGAGGAUACCAAGGUGGUCUCUAUCGAAAAGGCACGCGAGACGUCGACACGGAUCCGUGCAACGGCCUACGCUGAAUGCUCAGCUUUCACCGGCGAUGGAACACGGGAGGUACUACAAGCGAUAGCUCGAGCAGCCCUGACGUAUCGAGUGGAUUCUGAAAUGCAGGUUAAGCAGAAAAGGAGUGGGAGCGCGUGGUUCAGGGAGGUAAUUGCGAAGGGGAAGGAUAAGUUGUUGGGGUAG